UCCCCUCGGUUCGUGGAUCCUGGUACUUGACAUCUUGGUGGGAUCCCGGGACCUGGGCUUUUUCCUCACACCACACCCCCAGGGAGGAAAAAAAUACCAACCAAACUUUCCUCUUCCCGCUAGAAAAAAAACAAAUUCUUUAAGGAUGGAGCUGCUGUACUGGUGUUUGCUGUGCCUCCUGUUACCACUCACCUCAAGGACCCAGAAGCUGCCCACCCGAGAUGAGGAACUUUUUCAGAUGCAGAUCCGGGAUAAGGCAGUUUUUCAUGAUUCAUCUGUGAUUCCAGACGGAGCUGAAAUCAGCAGUUACCUGUUUAGAGAUACACCUAGAAGGUAUUUCUUCAUGGUUGAGGAAGAUAACACCCCACUGUCAGUCAUAGUGACACCUUGUGAUGCACCUUUGGAGUGGAAGCUUAGCCUCCAGGAGCUGCCUGAGGAGUCCAGUGCAGAUGGAUCAGGUGACCCAGAACCAUUUGACCAGCAGAAGCAGCAGAUGACUGAUGUGGAGGGCACAGAACUGUUCUCCUACAAGGGCAAUGAUGUAGAGUAUUUUCUGUCUUCAAGUUCGCCAUCUGGUUUGUAUCAGUUGGAGCUUCUUUCAACAGAGAAAGACACACAUUUCAAAGUAUAUGCCACCACCACUCCAGAAUCUGAUCAGCCAUACCCUGACUUACCAUAUGACCCCAGAGUUGAUGUGACCUCCAUUGGACGUACCACAGUCACUUUGGUCUGGAAGCCAAGCCCCACAGCCUCUAUGUUGAAACAACCCAUAGAGUACUGUGUGGUCAUCAACAAGGAGCACAAUUUCAAAAGCCUCUGUGCAGUGGAAACAAAGAUGAGUGCAGAUGAUGCUUUCAUGGUGGCACCCAAACCUGGCCUAGACUUUAGCCCCUUUGACUUUGCUCAUUUCGGAUUUCCAACAGAUAAUUUGGGUAAAGAUCGAAGCUUCCUGGCAAAGCCUUCUCCCAAAGUGGGGCGUCAUGUCUACUGGAGGCCCAAGGUUGACAUUCAAAAAAUCUGCAUAGGAAAUAAAAAUAUUUACACAGUCUCUGACCUGAAGCCCGAUACCCAGUACUACUUUGAUGUCUUCAUGGUCAAUACCAACACCAAUAUGAGCACAGCUUAUGUGGGUGCCUUUGCCAGGACCAAGGAGGAGGCAAAACAGAAGACAGUGGAGCUCAAAGAUGGGAGAGUCACAGAUGUGUUUGUUAAAAGGAAGGGGAAAAAAUUCCUACGGUUUGCUCCAGUCUCCUCUCACCAGAAAGUCACCUUCUUUAUUCACUCUUGUCUGGAUGCCGUUCAAGUCCAAGUGAGAAGAGAUGGGAAGCUGCUUCUGUCACAGAAUGUGGAAGGCAUUCGGCAGUUCCAGUUAAGAGGAAAACCCAAAGGAAAAUACCUCAUUCGACUGAAAGGCAACAAAAAAGGAGCAUCAAUGUUGAAGAUACUGGCUACCACCAGGCCCAGUAAGCAUGCAUUCCCCUCUCUUCCUGAAGACACAAGAAUCAAAGCCUUUGACAAGCUACGCACAUGCUCUUCAGUCACAGUGGCUUGGCUUGGCACCCAAGAAAGAAGAAAGUUUUGUAUCUACAGAAAGGAAGUGAGUGGAAAUUACAGUGCAGACCAGAAGAGAAGAGAACAAAACCAGUGCCUAGGACCAGACACCAGAAAGAAGUCAGAGAAGGUCCUUUGCAAAUACUUCCACAGCCAAAACCUGAAGAAAGCAGUGACUACAGAGACAAUCAGAGAUCUGCAGCCUGGCAAGUCUUACCUGCUGGAUGUUUAUGUCGUAGGACAUGGGGGACACUCCGUGAAGUAUCAGAGUAAACUUGUGAAAACAAGGAAGGUCUGUUAGUUACCUUGAGUGAAGAUCAGUAGAGCUCCAGGAGAGAGAGGGAACCACACUGCCUGUAACUGACUACUCUCGUGAUGAACAGAAGAUGUUCUUGAAAGAAAGGGUAACAACAUGUGUACAUUGAUGUCUGGCUAAUGUAACAUGGAGACUUGUAUUCACGCACACCUGUGGUACUUAGGGUCCAUCUGUCUAGUGCUGAUUAGUGUCAAAUGAAGAAGGUAUCUCGAUGGCUACUACCCCUUGUUUUGACCAUUGCAUGAACUGCUUCUAAAUUAUUUUAUUACCUAAAAUUUAAAAAAAAAAUGCCAUUCAUUGCACACAUUCACAAAUGCAAAUAAUUUCUCUCUAUAGAUGUUAAGGGAAAUUUAUAUAUAAAUAUAUAAAUAUAAAUUAUUUUAUAAAGUCGGUGUUAAAUGUUGGUGUUUCUAUUUGUUCUUUCUCUGUUAAAGUAUAGAUCUAAUCUAAGAUCAUAUCAUCCUCUAAGCAGUAAUAUUGUUGUAAAUUCUUAUUUGUUCAGUAAAAUGUUUAAAUGCUGUCUGUCUGUAUCUCAUGUAAAAAUUUGAUAUACAUUAUAUUCAUGUACAUAAAAUUAAGAAUAUUAGAUUAUUACACUGUUCAUUUUCCCAGGCAGUACUGUGGUAUAUUUAAUUGCUUAUCUGUCCUUAAAACUGUGCUUUUCUGUAAGUUGGCACCAAAAUUUAGUCCUAUUUAGUAGCUAGGAAGGAAUGUUGCCUCUCUUGACCUUUACUUGCAUCAAGAGCCAGUUAUUCGAGUCUGGAUUUAGGAACUCAGUGGGAGCUGAAGAGCGGUAACAGGCUUGUCUGAGCAUGGCACAAGCCAAACACUAUCAACCUGCUAAGCAAUCAUUUUAAACAUCUAUUUUCCAUUUGCUUAAAUUUUGGCAAAUCUUUUCACCGCUAGCUGAAGCAAGUGAGAAACCUUGAUUAGGACUUUCAUCAGUCACAACACAACACUACAUCCGCUGCUUACAAGAUUUACAAAGCACUGCUACAGGUAAUUUUGAGUUUUCAACUGUUUUUAAAGGUAAUUUUAGUGUAAGAAACAAGUCUAACAGAUAACACCUACAGGCUCUACCAAGGGAACAUGAGGACCCGUUCAUCCUCAACAGAUUGUACUUGGAGAUCCCAAGGUGUCAUGUGCACAAGAGCAAGAUUCAGAAAUACUUGUAAUUUUUGGUCACCUAAAACAAUAUGACUUUAGGAGGGUGUUACUAUCCACUAUCCCCUUUCCCAUUGAUAAAGCUGAGAAAGUAGUAGAAGUAGAUGCAAUGAUACUGUAAAAUACCUUCUGUCAUAAGAAGUUGCCAUUUGCAAAAUCCUGACUCUAAACCCUUAUGUUCUAUAGCUCCAGUGGGGACAGGCACACUGGUUCCUCUCUUUGCUGUCCACUGCAUGCUGACACAGCCUUUGAUGGCGAGAGUUUACCAGCAGCAUUGCUGUGGAGUGUAGGACUACUGUGGCUGAGACAGGGCCACUUACAGCUCCCUAUGACAUGUACUCUGCUCACCUUAAGAGAAAAUACGACUGUUUUGACACAUCUGUAACUCCUCGGCAGUAACUUUCAGCCUAUUGAUUCAUCCAUGCAAUGCAGGAACAACAUCUGAAAUAAUUUUUUGAAAGCUGAUGACUCUGUACCCAGUGCUUUAUUUAAGCAGCUUCAAUAAAAGGAGAAACUGACAAAUUAACACCCAGAGAGAUUAUAUUCAGCUAUAAACAUGGGAGAAAUAGCUUCCUAAUGUUGCUGAGCAACUUGUAAGUGAGACUACAGGGAAUCAGAUUACUGUUGCUUUGAAGUUCUGAGAUCUUGGAUAUUGCCUAACUCUCAGCAUCCAGAAACCAGGGAGAGCUGAUCUAAUCAAGCUUUGAGUUUUCUGCUAGGUGUGAUGGCGGUUUCUUCAUAUUGUGGACAAAUACAAGAAUCCUCUAAUGACCCUAGAGGAAUACUUGCCUUUUAAAACCAAGGCAAAUUAAACACACAUUAUGAAAUGUUUACUGCUCCUAACAAAAAGAAAACCCAUGAAAAUCAUGCCUUGCUACUCACUGAAGCACUAAGAUUUCAAGAACAUCCAGGAAGAUUAGGGACAAGAAAGACUCAUUCGUUCACAUUUUAGAAAUAGCUACAAGCUUCAAAGCCUGGCCUAUGCUAAUCUCUGAGUGAACAAUACAUACUGAGGGAGAUGAUGUCCAAUGUCGUGUGUAGAUAGAUAUUGAGAAGAAAAGGUUUUAGCUCAUUA